AUGUCUUUUGGGUUGACGAACGCCACUGCCGCGUUCAUGGACUUGAUGACUAGGGUGUUUAGGCCGUACUUGGAUUCGUUUGUCAUAGUCUUCAUAGAUGACAUUGUAGUAUACUCGCGGAGCUGGGAGGAGCAUGAGCAGCAUUUGAGGAUAGUGCUCCAGACUUUGAGAGUCCAGCGACUUUAUGCCAAGUUCUCAAAGUGCGAGUUUUGGCUUGAGUCCGAGGCAUUCUUGGGGCACGCAGUGUCUAAGGAUGACAUUAGGGUAGUUCCCGCUAAGAUUGAGCCUAUUCGUGAUUGGGCCAGACCAACAUCUAUGACUGAGAUUCGUAGCUUCGUCGGAUUGGCAGGCUACUACAGGCUAUUUGUUGAGGGAUUUUCUACUAUAGCAGCGCCUUUGAUUCGGUUGACUCGCCAGGAUGUUUCGUUUGUGUGGUCGGAGGAGUGUGAGAGGAGAUUUCUGAGGAGCCUUCAGUACAUUAUGAGCCAGAGGGAUCUUAAUUCGAGACAGCGCCGUUGGAUAAAGCUCCUGAAGGACUAUGACCUCUCUAUUCUCUACCAUCUAGGCAAGGCGAAUGAAUGUACUAGCGGACGCCUUGAGUCGGAAGGCACUUAUGUGGAUGCUCAGUCAUCUCUGCUGGAUCGGAUUCGCAGCCGUCAGUUUGAGGAUGAGGACUUAGUGGGACUUCGAGAUCGAGUUUUGGGAGGUGACACCGGAAUGGCUACCUUAGAUUUAGAUGGGGUUUUAAGAUUUGGUGAUCGACUUUGUGUUCCAAGAGUUAGGGGUUUGAUUCAGAUGAUUCUUACCGAGGCCCAUGAGUCCAAAUAUUCAAUUCAUCCGGACACAGCUAAGAUGUAUCGAGACUUGAAACAGCACUACUGGUGGAGCGCUUAUGUGGAUGCUCAGUCAUCUCUGCUGGAUCGCAUUCGUAGCCGUCAGUUUGAGGAUGAGGACGUAGUAGCACUUCGAGAUCGAGUUUUGAGAGGUGACACCGGCCUAGCUACCUUAGAUUUAGAUGGGGUUUUACGAUUUGGUGAUCGACUUUGUGUUCCAAGAGUUGGGGGUUUGAUUCAGAUGAUUCUUACCGAGGCCCAUGAGUCCAAAUAUUCUAUUCAUCCGGGCACAACUAAGAUGUAUCGGGACUUGAGACAGCAAUACUGGUAG